UUCUAAUUUUUUUUUUUUUAACAUUUUUUCUUCUUCUCCUUCUCUUUCAAUAAUCAGUUCAAACUCUUUUGUCUUUUUCAUCUUUUAUUGAACUUCGAUUAUGGCCGAGGAGACACAAAAGCCGGCAGCUGCUUCUGAAACCCCUUCAUCAACUGAACAAGUUGUUGUGGCGAAACCCAUCACUGAGAAGGACCCACUUCCUCCUGCUCCUGAACCUGAGCCUGAGGCUCCUGAGACUGAGAAGCCCACCACUGAAGAAGCCAUCGAAGAGGCUAUUGAAGCUGAGAAAUCAUCCAAGCCUGUUGACGAAGAUAAGAUUGCUCAAUCCGCUUCUUUCAAGGAGGAGUCCAACGUUGUUGGUGAGCUUCCCGACCCUGAGAAGAAAGCUCUUGAUGAGUUGAAACAACUUAUCCAAGAAGCUCUCAACAAGCAUGAGUUCACUGCUCCGCCUCCUCCUCCACCCGCCAAAGAAGAAGAGAAGGCUCCUGAACCAGUCCAGAUCAAAGAGGCUUCUGAAGAAGCAAAACCCGAGGAAGAAACUGAACCGAAAGAAUCCACCAAAACGGAGGCUGAACCAUCUGCGGAGGCAGCUCCAGCUGUUGUUGAAGUUGAAGCAAAAGAGGAGGAAAAGACUGCACCACCACCAGCUGAGGCGGCGGAGACAGUGGUAGUUGCUGAAGUGGUUGAAACUGUAACGGCUGUUGUUGAUGAAGAUGGUGCCAAGACUGUUGAGGCUAUUAAGGAGACGAUAAUUCCAGUUUCGGCUCCAGCUACCGCGGAAGAGGCGGCCCCAGCUGAGGUGACUCCCGCAGAAGAACCUAAAGAAGAAGAGGCGAUUCCUAUUCAACCCGAAGAGGUUUUCAUUUGGGGAAUUCCACUUCUGGGAGAUGAAAAAAGUGAUACAAUCCUCUUGAAGUUCCUGAGAGCCAGGGAUUUUAAGGUCAAGGACGCUUUCACUAUGAUCAAGAACACCGUUCGCUGGCGAAAGGAGUUCGGUGUCGAUUCUCUGCUGGAAGAAGAUCUUGGAAAUGAGUGGGAUAAAGUGGUUUUUAUGCAUGGAUUUGAUAAGGAAGGUCAUCCUGUGUGUUAUAAUGUGUUUGGUGAAUUCCAAAACAAGGAGCUGUAUCAGAAUACUUUUGCUGAUGAUGAGAAACGCACCAAAUUCUUGAGGUGGAGGAUUCAGCUUUUGGAGAAGAGCAUUAGAAAACUUGAUUUCAGUCCAAGUGGAAUCUGUACACUUGUUCAGGUCAAUGAUCUUAAGAAUUUUUCUGGACUCAAGCGGGAGCUCAGGCUGGCUACCAACCAAGCUCUGCAACUUCUUCAAGAUAAUUAUCCUGAAUUUGUUGCUAAACAGGUGUUCAUCAAUGUUCCAUGGUGGUACCUUGCCUUCAAUAGGAUGAUUAGCCCUUUCUUCACACAGAGGACGAAGAGCAAGUUUGUAUUUGCAGGCCCAUCCAAAUCUUCAGAUGCCCUUUUCAAAUACAUAGCUCCGGAACAAGUACCAGUUCAGUAUGGUGGACUGAGCCGGGAGGGUGAGCAGGAAUUUACAACUGCUGAUGCUGUCACUGAUAUUAUAAUCAAGGCAGCUGCCAAACACAUUAUUGAAUUCCCAGCUGAUGAGAAGAGCAUUCUGGUUUGGGAACUUCGAGUUCUGGGGUGGGAUGUGAGCUAUGGAGCUGAAUUUGUGCCAAGUUCAGAGAGUAGCUACACUGUAAUUGUUUCAAAGACAAGGAAGGUUUCACCAACUGAUGAGCCGGUUAUCUCUGACACUUUCAAAGUUGGCGAACCCGGCAAGGUUGUGCUCACCAUUGAUAACCAGAGCUCUAAGAAAAAGAAGCUCCUAUACAGGUCCAAGACCAAGCCCUGCUCUGAUUAAACCCUUGAAUGAAUGAUUACUCAAAUGCCUUUCUGGAGUUUCAAUAUCUUAUCAACUAGAAGGCCAUUGCAUUGCACAAUAAGAAAGGGUUAUCUUGUUUCUAUAAUAGAGGGUUAUUUUUAUUUUUAUUUUUUUGGGUUGAAAUUUAAUUUAAAAAGUUGGGGGAAUUUCAUUUAUAUUAAUUUUUUUUUUCCUAUUAGUUUUGGGGACUUUGGUGGUCUGGUUUUGGCUGGAGAUGUGUGUGGAAUGCGGACAGAAAGUCUGAAAUUAUUCUUGAUAGUAAAUGCUUGUAAAAUUUGUGUAAAUUUUAUUAAGUUGUUUAUUACUUGGUGUAUGUUUAUUACUACAUUUUGUUUCAUUUAUACAAUAUUGCAGUUGGCAGUCA